AUGCCAUUGCUGAAGGAUCUCGACUGCUCCAUCGAGCUGGGGGACUCCCGAGAGAAGCUGCAAGAGUAUGGAACCUCCUAUGGAGAUGGAUUUGUGGAGUCAUUCAUUCGUGUACCUUCCGACCCGAAGACAUUCGCUGUACGCCUCACUUCUAGCGGGUUCAUUGCUCCGGGUUUGGCCAUGUUUGUCUACAUUGAUGGUAUCUACCAAUGCAAUCGUAAUCGGCUCGGCUUGGUAGACCCGCAGGGCGCUCCAGGUAAGCUAGGCAAACGCACCGUGGUCAACUUUCACGUUCGCCAAAAAGAAGAGAGGCAACAGAAUGGCUCUUUGAUUGCGCGAGAAUGGGCCUUUGCGAAGCUCAACACUGGUAGGUGCAUAUGA